GCGGGCCAAUAAAAUGAAACCGUUCCCACUGACAAAAAUUGCACAUGGCGGCGGUGCGACAUCGUCGAGCAGGCUCUCCGUAGAAAAGCGGCCGAAGACAGACCAUCCAUUCCAAUUUGAGCCUCCUUAGGCCGACGGCCGUGCCAUUAAUCUAAGUAAACCUCUCUGUGUUUGAGCGCAACAAUCAAGUGUACACUGCAACAGCAUACAUUGGCUGCAUAAGUUGCUCGAGUUUGACUCGUACAAAAAAUAAUAAUAGGAAAGCACCUUUCGGCAUGGAGCGAUGCCCGUAGGAAGCCUUACCGCUACACGAAGUGCAUAUUAUAGAGGAUCAUUAGUGUCAAUUUGGCACGCUGUAAAAUUUGCCUUCUGAAGUAGAGAGGGCUAAAAGUUUUAGCGACUUCCUUGGGAGAUCUAUAGCUAAACACGCCUGCUGCGAUACGCAGUUCCCAGAAACAUCCGGAGCAGCCGAAGGCUUGCGGUAUUCAAGCUUGCAAACCACUUGCGAUUUCGUACCAAAAUGACUACCACACGGGAAGAUGUCCUGCUGCAGAUGGGUGAGGUCCGCUUCAAGAAGGGCGAUGGUACGCUCUACAUAAUGAAUGAGCGGAUCGCCUGGAUUGCGGAGCAUCGCGACACGGUGGCCGUUUCGCAUCGUUUUCAGGAUAUUAAAAUGCAAAAGAUUUCCCCCGAGGGCAAACCGAAGGUGCAGCUGCAGGUCGUGCUGAAUGAUGGUAACAAUUCUACGUUUCAUUUCGUCAACCGACUCGGUGCGCCAGCUCAGAUGGCCGACCGGGACAAGGUAAAGGAGCUGCUCCAGCAACUUCUGCCAAACUUUAGGCGUAAGAUCGACAAAGAGCUCGAGGAGAAGAACCGCAUCCUGACCGAGAACCCGUCACUCCUGCAACUAUACCGUGACCUCGUCAUCACGCAAGUUAUGACGAGUGAAGAGUUUUGGGCCCGCCACGCCAAGGGACACAUGCAGAAGGAGCAAACGGUGAAGCAGGACAUUGGCGUUUCGGGUGCGUUCCUGGCCGACAUUAAGCCACAAACCGACGGUUGCAACGGGCUGCGCUACAACCUGACGGCGGAUAUAAUCGAGUGUAUCUUUAAGACGUACCCGGCCGUCAAGCGAAAACACACCGAGCACGUCCCGGCCAAACUGACCGAGGCCGAGUUUUGGACCAAAUUUUUCCAGUCGCACUACUUCCACCGCGAUCGCAUCGUGGCCGGCACGAAGGACAUCUUCACCGAGUGUGGUAAGAUCGAUGAUCAGCAGCUGCGGCUAGCGGUGCAGGAGAAUCUCGGUGACCCGCUGCUCGACAUACGCGCCUUCGAGGAUAAUACACUCGAGGAAGGGUUUUGCAGUUCGGCCACCUCCAGCCGGCAUUCGACCGUCAAUAGUGGCAACAUCGUGCACCAGAGCAUGAUCAAGCGUUUCAAUCAGCACUCGUUUUCGGUGCUGAAAACGUGCACCGACGUGAAGACGCUCAACUGUGGUAUCGGAGCGAUCCUUUCAGCGACACCGACGGUCGGUGCACGUGAUAAUACGGCAAACGGUGGACCGAUGUCAAAUGGCGGCGGCGGAAAGGAUCACAACAACGGCGGCGACACGGUUGGUAAUAACAAUAACAAUAACGUGGUGAAUGGGUUCAGCAAAAAGGAUAAGUCGCACAAAAAUGGCAACAAUCAUCAUCACCCCGGGACCGUGAACGGGAUGGACCAUAGGAAUGGCGGUGGUGGCGUUGCAACCACCAAUGGAACGUUCGUUGAACCGACGAUCAAAAAAGCUCGCAUUCAGGCCAAAAUCACGUACGAUGAUCUAGAGGGUGACGAAGAGGAAGAGCAGCGGAGACAGCGGGUGAAGCAGCUGAAUCUGACCAAAAUCGAACGCUACCUUCACGGGCCGGUUCCGGCAAGCGGCACUUUCGGAGAGCACUCCGGGAUGCACGGCGGAGAAAGUUCUUCGGCAACCGCUGGAGGUGUUCUGCAUGAUUUCGAAACGAUCGAUGCGAUGAUAGUGGACGCAGCGAAUAACGCGUGGAGUGCCAGGACUCCUCACAAACUCCUUGUUAGUCCGGCUGCCGCCGUUAGCGCGCUGGGUGAUCUUAGUCCAGGUGGUGCCCUUAUGAGAGGAUUCCAGGAGCAAAGCCUUGCACAGUUGGUCCCUCCCGACAUCGAGAAGGAGGUGCGUAAUCUCUACCUAUCGUUGCUCGAGCUGCUAAAAGAGUUCUGGAAGUGCUUCCCGCCGACUACACCACAGCUUGAAGCGGAAGCGACGCGCAUGCACGACAUCCUGCAGCGCUUCGCGAUGGUCAAACUGAAACCGUUCGAGGACCGUGCCAUGAGAGAGCUGUUGCCGUUCGGUUCCUCGUUGACGCAACACCUCAACCAGCUGCUUCAGUCGGCCAACCGUAAAUUUGCCACGUGGCAGGACCGUCAGCGACGAGCGCACAGGUAGCAGAGCUACUCUUAGCUGCCUUUUUGUGCCGAUAUUUUUCAUCACAUUUCCGAUCCGCCUACACCACCACCACCUCCACCGCUCCAGUUAGUCAGAAGGUCUCUGGCAUCUUCUUCGACCUCAUCACCAGCGCCACCAUUCCUAUCAUCGUCCGGCUGCCGAUAGUAGGAAUUAAGUUGUUUAUUUUUUCAUUUUGUUGCCGGUUGCGGAUCCCAUCACAUAGCUUUCCUCCCUUCCAAUGAGCAGCUUUGUAGAGAGAAAGCGAAGAGGUAAUCACGGAGCUCUCGAAAUGUGCCUGUCAAUUCUAUGCUGGACAUUUCUUCGAUUUGUAUUCCUACGGCUGCGGGAAUUGUUUUUGUAACUGUCAACAGGAUUCACGGAACGGGUUGAAUGUAGUCUUCUUUCAGUUAGGAACACAAGUACCACUUUACGCAAAAGCACAGUUUUGUUCAGCAUUGUCAGAAAAUGUAGAGAAUAGUAAUAGAGUGUCUUGGACGCUGCAAUGCAGAUAGAGGAACUUCAUUGCUGCAGUUUAAUGUUUUCAUUAAACUGCUUUACUUUCCCAAACAAAACAUACAUUCUUAUAACAUAAUUUAAUUACUAUUAUCCAUUCUCUCCGUUAUCAUCGCCAAUCAUUAUCGUUAGUUGCGCUUCGAGCUUCACCGUACGUUAGAGACUACGCAAACUAUCUUUUUGAGGCAACACUGCUAAGCAAGUCAGGAGCCCAACUUUUCCCAGCCCCAUUGUGGAUCCUUGAGUCGGACUGAAAAUACGUUAGGUGUAAAGCAGAGAUGGUUGUGGUGGUGGUCAAACUAAGAGGAAGUAUGGUUCGUGUUCGAAACACACCGAAACAGUUGGGAUGAAAACAGAAAAAUGACUGAAUGAACUGCCUGUAGAAGAUUUAAAACACAAAUCAAAUUAUAAACUAAACUAACCCCGCAAGUUCACCAAUAGCGCUCGUGCUCCUUAGCAAGCUUGGGCAGAGUACACGUAAUCAUCCCCAUUGAAGCAAAUAACUCCAACCAACGGUUAGUGCCCAUGCAGAAGAAUUGAGGAAUUAUCAAGAGGCAGAACCAUAUCCGGGAAUUGACCGUGUCAGAUCAGGGCAGCAGAUACAGAUCCUACGUGUGAUAUAGUGUGGCGACGAAAAAUUCCAUUCAGAGAGAGAUGCGAUCACAAUGCGCAGUAGGAACCGAACCGAACGCAAUCGGAUCCGAUGGCGGUUGUACCAUUGCAACAUACGAGGUGAUCAAUAAAGAACUAGUGCCGGAUUUUCUUCCUACGCGCACGCGCGCACGAGGAGUUACA